UUGCGCUCAUACGUUCCGCAAAAAAAAAAUAUUUAAUAUAAGACAAAAUGUCGGAAAUCUACUCAAUGAAGCAUUGCUUGAAGUAUCCCUACUUCACCUUAGAUCUGGCUGCAUCGGAACCCUUCACUUGGAGCGGCGCAUGCACGUACAGCUAUCGCAGGCUCUGGCUCAGGCGCGCGCUCUUCACCUUCGGCGCUAUAAAUUUGGUUUAUCAGAAUAUCGGCAUGCUCAUUUAUCUCUUCAUGCCGCACGAGAGCAGCGCUCAGUCCACGAUCGUGCAGGUAACCGAAACUGGAGGCAUUAUGGGGCUGACCAUGGUCGGAACAUCGAAUAUGCUCGUCAUGUUUUGGUAUGGAGAUCGCAUAGCGAUGCUUUUAGAGAAAUUUCAGCAGUUAUUCCCGACGGCAUGCCUCCAAAGGAAAGCCAAAUUCACAAAACGACCGCUAAGAGGUGUGGAAUUUCCACAUCGUAUUGAGCAUUUUGUGUUGAAGGCCAAUAAACUGAUGAAGCUCACGACUACACUUUACUUGUUCGCAUUCGCUUAUUACAACUCCCUGCCGAUUGUCGAGUUUUUGUACGAGUGGACGACACCGGGUGUCGUUUGGAAAUAUCGUUACCAGUCCAAUACGUGGUAUCCCUGGCAAAACGAGCGCAACACCAAGUCGUUUGCGUCAUUUACGCUCGCUUAUGUUUGUCAAGUGCAGUCAUCGCUGACCGGUGUCGCCUUCAUUAUGGCCGCUGAAUUUAUGCUCUGCUUCUUCACGACUCAGUUGCAAAUACAUUUCGAUUACUUGGCCAAUGCGCUGGAGACAAUCGAUGCCGCUGGCGCAAAUGCUAACGAGGAGUUGAAGUAUUUAAUAAACUACCACAGUCAGUUGCUGAGCUACUCCAAGGAAACUAAUGCUAUCUUCAACGUAUCGUUCAUGGUGAAUUUCUGCACCUCUGCCAUAGCGAUCUGUUUGAUGAGCUUUUCCAUGGUCAUGAUCAGCUUGGCUCAUGCCUUCAAAUACUCCAUUGGUCUGACUUCAUUCAUUGUUUUUACGUUUUUCAUAUGUUACACCGGCAAGGAGCUAACGGAAACGAGCGAUAAACUUCUGAACGCAGCUUUUUAUGGCAACUGGUAUGAUGGAAAUUUGGCUUACCGGAAAAUGAUACUAUUUUUUAUUAUGCGCUGUCGCAUACCAACUGAAUUGAAAGCAUACAAAUUCACCACAGUCUCAAUGCCCACCUUUACCGCGAUUUUAAGAUCGUCAUAUAGCUUGUUCACAUUUUUCCAAGCCAUGGGUCAGUAAUAAUAUCAGAUUUGACAUGUUAUGGAAAGCGAAUUUAAACUGAUGGAAUGCAACAACUUGUAAAAUGUUUUCAGCUGCAAUGAGCAGUGAUUCACCAGGUUCCCUUAAUCAACACGAUAGUCCCAAAAAUAGUUUUUGUGAUACAUGUGUUUUACUAGAUGCUCACUCAAAAUGUUGGCUCCAAUUAAGCACGACAUUGAAUGUCAUUUAACCAUAAAAUUAGCGAAGUCCCACACCAUUUAAAUUAAAUCGUUAGACCUGCUCGAAACGAUAACACAAAUAUGUAGCAAUUUGUGAAAUAAUUAUAUUUUUUUAAAGCUCAUUAUUUUUUUUAAUAUUUUUACAUACACACACACAUAUUUACAAAUUACUUGCUCUUAUAUAAAUUAUCUGUUUAUUCAGAUUCAUCGCAUUAAUUUCGUUUGCAAUUUCCUUAUCUAAAAUAAAUAAAUUUGUAUUUAUCGACCA